AUGACGCAACUCACCAACUUCAACGCUCCAUUUUCAAACCAAAACUCGAAUUUUCACCAGUUUUACAAUUUCGACUCACAUCAACACCAACCGCUAGAAGGAAUGCACUAUUUUGUGCGAGAGCCGAACGGAAAACGUCCGUUCCCGACUGAAUUCGAAUUGGACAUGGAAUAUGUGCCGAGAACGAAGCGACGAUUCGAUAAAAUAAGCGCGUGUCUGGAGAACUUCUCGAUUUCCAAUGACAAGCCGUCGCCCAUCAAUCUUGAAUCAUCUUCUGAUGAAGAGAUGGAUGAGGUGUAUGCUGAUCCGGAAAUCGAAGAGAUACCCGAAUCGACGACAACUCCUCUGAUUGUUGAACCUGAUGAUGAACCAGCUGUCGCCAAGAAGAUUCGACUAGAUGGAUCACUUCAAAGAUAUUUGGAAAAAUGCAAACAGGAUCCAAUGACAUUCCUUCCAAAACAAGAACAGCUAAAAGGAAACGAAGUGGCCGUCUGGCAGCCCGCUAUACUGGUUUCACCAAAAAAUGAUUUCAACAUGGCCGGACGAAUUCAAGAAAUUGAUGAUGAUGAAGAGGAACGAUUAAACGAGGAAAUCAAAUCUCGAAUUAUCGAGAACGAGGGGAUGGUUGACGAGGACGCCCGCGGUAACGAAACAACGGGUAUCGUUGAGCUGAGCUCUGGCUCUGAUCACAGCGAUAUUGGCUCAUCGUGGAGCUCUCCGGUGCCAUCUCCAACUGGCUCUUCUUACAUUGUUGAACUUGAUGACUCUCCAAACAGCCUGACGAACGGAAGUGUUACCGACGAAGAAAUGAUGGAGUUCGACUGA